AUGCCACUUACCAAUAUUGAUAUUAACAAGUUCCCUAUUUACAAAGUCAAAGAUAAAGAAAUAGCCUUUAAACAACGCUUCUCGAUACCAUUGAUUGACAAAAAUUCGAGUAAUUACCACUCCGGACGCCCUGCACCUUUGCUAGGGAUGAGAAAGGGCGCCACGUUUGUAGUGAAGCCAUUGCAUGAUCCUAGCGGAGAAUUUGCAAUUGUUCUUUAUGACCCAACUGUGGACGAAAAAUCAGAUCGAACAGAUGAAAGUAAACAAGAGCAGGAAGAGGAGGCAGAGAAACCGAAGCUAGACCAACCACUUGUCCACAAAAGCCUAGCUGAGAUUCUAGGCAUAAAGAGAAACGUGGAAGAAAGGCCCAAGGUUCCAGUCGUCAUUGACCCAAGGCUUGCAAAAGUUUUGCGGCCCCAUCAGGUUGAAGGAGUGAAGUUUCUAUAUCGCUGUACCACUGGCUUGAUGGCGCCUAAUGCAAAUGGCUGUAUUAUGGCCGAUGAGAUGGGUCUUGGGAAAACGUUACAAUGCAUAACGCUGCUAUGGACAUUACUGAAACAAUCUUCAGAAGCAGGUAAGCCGACUUUACAAAAAGUAGUGAUUGCUUGCCCUGCAACUCUUGUGGGAAAUUGGGCCAAUGAGUUGGUGAAAUGGCUUGGAAAAGACGCCAUUAACCCGUUUGUGAUUGAUGGGAAAGCAUCAAAGGAGGAACUUACCACUCAACUUCGCCAGUGGGCCAUUGCUUCCGGCAGGCAAGUGGUCCGGCCUGUCAUUAUAGUGUCUUAUGAGACGCUCCGACUUAACGUAGGAGAGUUAAAAGAUACUUCGAUUGGUCUGUUGCUAUGCGACGAAGGUCAUCGCUUGAAAAAUGGGGACAGCCAAACAUUUACAGCGUUGAAUAGCUUGAAUGUCACGCGCCGCGUCCUUCUUUCUGGAACGCCAAUCCAGAAUGACUUAUCUGAGUACUACUCACUUUUGAAUUUUGUCAAUCCAGGCGUCCUGGGCAACCGAAAUGAGUUCCAUAAAAGAUUCGAAAUGCCUAUUCUUCGUGGCAGAGACGCUGAUGGGUCUGAGGAGGAGCGAAAGAAGGGCGAUGAGUGUUUGGCAGAAUUGCUAAGCAUUGUGAACAAAUUCAUCAUCCGACGUUCCAAUGAUAUUCUUUCAAAAUACUUGCCGGUCAAGUAUGAGCAUGUUGUAUUUUGCAAUUUGGCCCCAUUCCAAGUCGACUUGUACAACCAUUUCAUCCAAAGUCCGGACAUCAAGAGCUUAUUACGUGGAAAGGGCAGCCAGCCUUUGAAAGCUAUUGGGAUUUUAAAGAAGCUCUGUAAUCAUCCAGAUCUUGUGAAUUUGCCUGUCGACCUUCCAGGAAGCCAAAGCUUUUUCCCUGAUGAUUACACACCUCCAGAUAGCCGAGGACGCGAUCGAGAGGUCAAAUCGUGGUACUCAGGUAAAAUGAUGGUCUUGGAUCGCAUGCUCGCACGAAUACGCCAGGAUACGAAUGAUAAGAUUGUUUUGAUUAGCAAUUAUACACAGACUUUGGACUUGUUUGAGAGACUCUGUCGUGGCCGUACUUACGGGUGUCUCCGUCUUGACGGUACAAUGAAUGUGAAGAAGAGACAGAAAUUGGUCGACAAAUUCAACGACCCCGACGGCGAAGAAUUCGUGUUUCUAUUAAGCAGCAAAGCCGGUGGUUGCGGUAUCAACUUAGUAGGGGCGAACCGCCUUGUUUUAUUCGAUCCAGAUUGGAACCCUGCUGCAGACCAACAGGCUCUUGCUCGAGUGUGGCGUGACGGCCAGAAGAAAGACUGUUUCGUAUACAGAUUCAUCGCGACUGGAAGUAUUGAGGAGAAGAUUUUCCAGAGGCAGUCGCACAAGCAGCUUCUGUCAUCGUGUGUUGUGGAUUCGGCGGAGGACGUUGAGCGCCAUUUCAGCAUAGACUCCCUACGUGAAUUAUUCCAGUUUAAACCCCAGACGACCAGUGAUACUCACGACACUUUUAAAUGUAAACGUUGUCGGCCUGAUGGAACACAAUUCAUUAAGGCCCCUGCAAUGCUUUACGGCGACACUAGUACUUGGAACCACUUUGUCAAUGACGGUGAGAACGGGCCAAUGAACAAGAUCCAGGAUUUGUUAUUGAGACAGGAAACGUCCGAGGGUGUCAUUAGCGCUGUGUUUCAAUAUAUUAGCCAUUGA